AUGAAAAAUAGAAGAAUGCAUCUUAGAGAAUAUUCAGCUCCCUUACAAUAUAGACCAGUGAAUAGAAUCAAUGGUUCUAUUGAGAAUGAUGUUAAUUUUAGAGUUGAUCAUCAUACUAUUCAAAUGUUACCACAUUUUCAUGGGAUGGCUCUUUGUGAGCCAUAUAAACAUUUGGAAGAUUUCUCAUAAGUUUGUGAGAUUUCGUAUUAUCCUAACAUUCUCAUUGAGAUAGUGAAGAUGAGAUUAUUUCCCUUCACACUCAAAGAUAAAACUAAAGACUGGCUUCAUGCCUUGGUCCAGAAGCUAAAUUCAUGAACUGACAUGGAGGCAGCAUUCCUUAAGAAAUUUUAUUUAGGAAAAAUGAAUUAUAUUAGGAGGGCAAUCAGGAAUUUCAUGCAAGGGACCCAAGAAUCUUUUUGAGGUAUGGGAGAGAGUUAAGGAAUACACCUGCUAGUGUCCACAUCAUGAGAUACAAAACUAGCAACUUGUGCAGCUUUUUUAUGAAGGUUUGAAUGAGAGAGAUAGGCACAUGAUUGAUGUUGCCUUAGGUGAGAUUUUAUGAACAAAUAUGAAGGUGAAGCUAUUGAUCUUAUUGAAACAUUGUCAGAAAAUAGUAGACAUCAUUAUUCUUUAAACUAGAAUAGAAAAACUUCAGGAUUUAGAAGAUGGGGUAUCCAUAAUGUGAAAAAUAUAGAGACCCGACUACUUAUUGAUAAAGUAGACAAACUAAAUGAAUGUGUAUAGGUAUUGAUGAGCAAAUCCACAACAAAUGAUUCAACCAGCAACUUCCCAAAUAAGAGCAAGACAUGUCAGCAUAUGCACUAUGUUCAAGCUAUGAACAUGUAGAAGUCGACUGUCCAAAAUAUGACCAGAUCAUGGCAAUCAAUGGGCAGUUCAAACCAAAUCAAUUUAUUUCAGACAAUAGUUGGCAAGGACAUAGGCAAAAUGCAUUAUCUAACAAUAACUGUAAUGCAAAUUAUAGACACAGCUAGUUUUGCACUAAUUAAGCCAAUGGUUAGAGGAAAAGUCAGGAAACAGUCCAUCAGCCUGGGCCAUUUAUUCCUCCACAGAACUUGUCAUUUCAAAGGCCACAUUUUCAAAAUCAAGAUAUUUGCCCUUCAAAUCAUCACUUACAGUCACAUGCAACUGGAUCUGAUUUGUCUAUGCAGGAGCUCUUGAAGCAGAUGCUGCAAGAACAACAAAAGCUACAUCAAGGAAACUAUAGAUCUAGGGAAGACAACAAUUUGAUCUGAAUGGAUCCAAGAAGAAAAAUGAUAAGCAGCUGGAAAUAGACAACAACAGCAGAGAAGUAGGCCAAUUUUCAAUGCAGCCAUCUAUUAAUCCUCAGAAUUUGAUUAAUUCCUUAGGUCAACAUCAUGUAAAUCAAGUCGAUUGCCAUGAUUAGGAUAAAGAAACACUCAAUGCUAUUUCUAAACUUCCAAAUAGGAAGGUCUUAUCUGACCCUUAUUUUGUAAGUGCAGAAAAUUAAGAGAAUGAGUUAGAGGAACCAACAACUAAAGAUGUGAAUUUCACAAAAACUAAGGAUAAAGGAAAAGAGAGGGAAGAACAUAAUUUGGAAAAAUAUAGCCCUCCAAUCCUUUUCCUGAAGCUUUAAAGGACAAUAAGCCCAAGGUUACAGAUCAAGAUACAAAAAUUUUAGAAGUUUUUAAGCAAGUCACUCUUAGUAUUCCUUUGAUAGAUGCAAUCCAGCACAUUCCUUUUUAUGCUAAAUUUUUAAAAGGAUUAUGCACUCUUGUAAAGAAAUAUAAAUACAUUCAAUUGUCUGAAAUAAUAAGAUCAGUUUUACUAAAUCAGAUCCCAACAAAGCAACAAGAUCUGGGAGCUCUUCUUAUCAAAUGUGAAAUUCAAGGUAUGAUUUUCACCUACUCUUUACUUAGUUCAGGAGCAAGUGUUAAAAUAGUGCCUAAAGCUCUAUAUGAUAUGUAUAUACUUGGUGAUUUGCAACCUUUAUUUGUGGAGCUACAGCUAGUAGAUGGAUUAGUCUGACAACCCUAUGGAGUUUUAAAAGUUGUUGUAGUGAAGACUGAGAGCUGCUAUUUUUUGGUAGACUUUUAGUUGCUGAUAUGAAAAUAACAAAAAAUAUUAGUCAUGCCCCAAUAAUUUUAAGACAUUCUUUUUUGGCCACAACUAAAGCCAAAAAAGAUUGGGGUAAUAGGACAAUAGAAUUAAAAUUUGGGCAAGAAAAAAUUGAGUUAAAAUUACAAAACUAUUGAAGUAUCUUGAACUAUCGGGAGAUUUAUGGAUCAUUGACAUUGCUGAUAUGUGUGUAGAAGAACUUUUCAAUGAAGAGAUAAUUAGUCUUCAGUAUCAUGAGUUAAUAAUUAGUAAAUAAUAUAGUUUUAGCCUUAACUCAUGAUAAAUAGACUUAUAUUUGUGUUAAAGAAUGAUUUUUGGUUUUCAAUUGAUUAACGUGAAUUUUUGGGUAAUUAUGUGAUUUUUAUAGUCUUACCUUUGAGAUAAAUGAAGAACAUGAAAUAAAAAUAAAAAAUAUUGCAAAAUGGGGGGGGGACCCAUCGGCCAGCCAGGCCCGCGAGCAGGUCGGAAGCGCAGUCGGGGAGUAGCCGCGAGCAAGGGCUCGAGCAGCUUAGCUUGGACUGAUAGGGGCACGUGUGCGCCACUCCCCUUCCAUGUCACUGGUGGCCAGCCAGCUGUGGGGUGACGUGACUCAGUCGUUGUAUGUUAAAUCACGUAAAUAUAAAAUUUAUAAAACUAGAAAAUACGAAUUUUUAGAUAUUUAGAAGUAUUUCAAAAUAAAUAUAUCAAUUAUAAUUCAAUAAAAAUUCCAAAAAUAGCAGUAAUUUUCCAGGUCAAUUACAGGGAUGUAAUAUAAUAUCUGGUAAUUAUUCAGAAUUUUUCUCAAUGAAUACGAUUUUCUUACGAAUUUUAUACUAGGAAAUAAAAAGGAAAUAUAUUUAAAAUUCACGAAAAAAAGGAAAUAAGGGUGCGAACGUCAAGAUGACGUCAGUGCCCGGCGAACGCGAAUCAGGCAGAAACAGAGUUCUGCUCGGUGAUUCCUACGUAAUCGAUUAUAGACGACUUAAUUAAUCAAAUUAAGAUCUGUAAAAGCCGGAAGAAUCCUAAUUGAAUGAAGUAUAGUUUGGUAAAUUAAAAUCACACAAAGUAUCACUAAAUGAAGCGUAAAUUAAAUUGAAAGCAAGAAAACAGAAUUUCGGCGUUGCCACGGCGAUGCGUUGGCGAUGCACCGAAAUCCUGAGCGUUCGGGAGGAUCGUCGUGCAGUGUUGAUAAGUCUUCAUUAUCAUGAGUUAAUAAUUAGUAAAUAAUAUAGUUUUAGCCUUAACUCAUGAUAAAUAGACUUAUAUUUGUGUUAAAGUAUGAAAAGUGGUUUUCAGUUGAUUAACGUGAAUUUUUGGGUAAUUAUGUGAUUUUAUACGAUUUUUACAGUCUUAGUUUUGAGAUAAAUGAAGAACAAGAAAUAAAAAUAAAAAUAUUGCAAAAUGGGGAACCCGCCGGCCAGCCGGGCCCGCAAGCGGGUCGGAAGCGCAGUCGGGGAGUAGCCGCGAGCAGGGGCUCGAGCGGCUUGCUUGGAUCGAUAGGGGCACGUGUGCGCCACUCCCCUUCCACGUCACUGGUGUCAGCCAGCUGUGGGGCAAGGAGUUGUCGUACACACGAGAGGACUUUGCCUAGAAAGCUAACUUUACUAUAUAUUCGUCCGAAUAAUCCGCGCACAACCGAUGUGGGACUAAAUGCACCUUGUAAGGCGCGGGCGACCGCCGCGGGUUCGAAUCCUCCCAAAGUAAAAAUUCAUAUAUUUUUAACUGAUUAUCGCGACUUUCUUGCAGAUUGCCGGUGAAGGAUUAAGCAAUCGGAAUCGCUGGAUCAUCGGCGAAAAUCUCGUCAACGCGAUUCGCGGAGCAUUGCUACUAAAAUUUCUGAACGAUUCGCGAUAAAAGGAUCGCAAUCCAUCGAGUAAAUCAUCUCCGAUUGAUCGACGAACAAGCCGUCGUCGGGAAGAGGACGAUCCGCCGGGAGACCAGUCGCCACCUCCUGAGAGCGUACCAGAUGCGAUGAAGAGCCUCCUCUUGCUGCGCGGACCUGAGGAUGAAGCUCCCUAACACGCGCCUCACCUCCAUCCAGCCCCUCUCCGUCGGGUGACAGCCGCCGGAGAGCCGCAAAGUCGCCGUUUUUCCGCUCCGCCGGGUGACAGCCGCCGGAGACGAUUCGACGACCCACUUCAUUGGUCUCUAGACUUCGCGAGAAGAUCUAGAGAUUGCCCACGUCGUCUUUGUCCAAGGAGAGCCUUCGAGGCCGUGGACACUGCACGACGACCCUCCCGAACGCUCAGGAUUCCGGUGCAUCGCCGACGCGUCGCCGUCGCGACGCCGGAACUCUGUUUUCCUGCUUUAUCUAGAGAUUGCCCACGUCGUCUUUGUCCAAGGAGAGCCUUCGAGGCCGUGGACACUGCACGACGAUCCUCCCGAACGCUCAGGAUUCCGGUGCAUCGCCGACGCAUCGCCGUCGCGACGCCGGAACUCUGUUUUCCUGCUUUCAAUUUAAUUUACGCUUCAUUUAGUGAUACUUUGUUGAUUUUUAUUUACCAAACUAUACUUCGUUCAACUACGAUUCUUCCGGCUUUUACAGAUCUUAAUUUGAUUAAUUGAGUCGUCUGUAAUCGCCUACGUAAGAAUCACCGGGCGGAACUCUGUUUCCGCCUGAUUCGCGUUCGCCGGGCGCCGACGUCAUCCUGACGUCCGCACCCUUAUUUCCUCUUUUUUUUUAUGAAUUUUAAAUAUAUUUCCUUUUUAUUUCCUAGUAUAAAAUUCGUAAGAAAAUUGUACUCAUUGAGAAAAAUUCUGAAUAAUUACUAGAUAUUAUAUUACAUUCCUUUGAUCGACCUAGAAAAUUACCACUAUUUUUGGGAUUUGUAUUGAAUUAUAAUUGAUAUAUUUAUUUUGAAAUACUUCUAAAUAUCCAAAAAUUCGUAUUUUCUAGUUUUAUAAAUUUUAUAUUUGCAUGAUUUAAUAUACAACGACUGAGUCAUGUCAAGUGUCCAUGGCCUCGAAGGCUCUCCUUGGACAAAGACGACGUGGGCAAUCUCUAGAUCUUCUCGCGAAGUCUAGAGAUCAAUGAAGUGGGUCGUCGAAUCAUCUCCGCCGGCUGUCACCCGACGGAGAGGAGCUGGAUGGAGGUGGGGCGCGUGUCAGGGAGCUUCAUCCUCAGGUCCGCGCAGCAAGAGGAGGCUCUUCAUCGCAUCUGGUACGCUCUCAGGAGGUGGCGACUGGUCUCCCGGCGGAUCGUCCUCUUCCCGACGACGGCUUGUUUGUCGAUCAAUCGGAGAUGAUUUACUCGAUGGAUUGCGAUCCUUUUAUCGCGAAUCGUUCAGCAAUUUUAGUAGCAAUGCUCCGCGAAUCGCGUUGACGAGAUUUUCGCCGAUGAUCCAGCGAUUCCGGUUGCUUAAUCCUUCACCGGCGAUCUGCAGGAAAGUCACGAUAAUCAGUUAAAAAUAUAUGAAUUUUGACUCUAGGAGGAUUCGAACCCGCGCCGGUUGCCCCCCGCCUCUUCUGAGGAAGGUGUGGGUUUAGUCCCACAUCGGUUGUACGCCGAGUUUUCGGGCGAAUAUAAAGUAAUGUUAGCUUUGUGAGCAAAAGUCCCUUCUCUCGCGUGUACGACCACUCCUUGCCCCACAGCCGGCUGGCCACCGGUGACGUGGAAGGGGAGUGGCGUACGCGUGCUUGUCGGUCCCCAAGCCAAGCCGCUCGAGCCCUGCUCGCGGCUUACUCCCCGACUGUGCUUCCGACCCGCUUGCGGGCACGGCUCGCCGACGGGUCCCCCCAUUUUUGUAAUAUUUUAUUUUUAUUUCUUGUUCUUCAUUUAUCUCAAAAGUAAGACUGUAAAAAUCGUAUAAAAUCACAUAAUUACCCAAAAAUUCACGUUAAUCAAUUGAAAACCAAAAAUCAUUCUUUAACACAAAUAUAAGUCUAUUUAUCAUGAGUUAAGGCUAAAACUAUAUUAUUUACUAAUUAUUAACUCAUGAUAAUGAAGACUUAUCACACCCCCCAACUUAAAUCAUUGCUAGUCCCUUAGCAAUGGAGUUAUGAAAAUAAAAAUUUACAAAUCUCAAGUAUCAUGAAGUGAAAAUCUGUAAAAUCAAAUCCAUGUUAUCUAUCAUGUAUCUAGGGAGUAUUCUAACAUUUCAUGCUACUAGAUCAUUCUUUUGACUCAAUAAUAAUCUUCCUAGUGUCUUUUGGUAUCAAUCAAUCUAAUUGAUUUAAUUUUUCAUGCAUGCAAUAUGAAGUAAGAAAUUUAUAAAUCUAAUAGUUUUAUUUUCUGUUUUUAGUUUUAUUUUUAGCACAAUAAAUUUGUCAAAAAUAAAUCAAAACUAUCCUCUUUAUAACUGUAAUUUCGAAUUUCAGUAAUAUAUAUCUAGGGGAUUGAAAUGUGAGAAAAGGGUCUCUAGAAUUUCAAAUUUUGGGGUAUUUGUUUGUUUGUUAUUUUUGACAGUCUAUUGUUCCUGACAGAAAAUCAGAAAAUAGAUGUUGCAGUUUUUCUGAAUUUUAUUUUAUUUUUAUUUUUUUACUUGCUGUUCUAAGUUGAAUAAAAUACAAACACAUGUUCUUAAUUGUCCUACAACAUAAGUUAAUAAUGAAUACUUCACCCCCCAACUUAAAAAUGACAUUGUCCUCAAUGACACAAAAAAAUUAAAACAAAAUAUGCAGAAAAUAUAAUUUUCAAGUGAAGUAUACAUAUAUGUAAAGUUAAGCAUUAAAAAUGUUGUCAUAAAUGAUUAAGCUCAGAAAGACAUCACCUCAACCUCGUUUUUAAUUCUUCACUUCAUCUUACACUCCUCCUCUUGCACUUUUUUGAAAAAACAAAUACAGAAACAAGUACUGCAAAAUUCUAAGAAAAACAAAGCUUAAAAAAGAUCAAAUAGAAUGAAAUAAAAACCAUGGGUUGCCUCCAAUGCAGCGCUCAAUUUAAUGUCUUCAGCUGGACAGCUCUUAGAUCAUAUAAGAUGAUCUAUGGCCAUCAAAAUAUAUUUGUAUCCCAAGGUAAGUUUCAUGAUAUUCUUUUUCAGAUUUAGCAUAAAUUCAUAUACUUCAUAUAUAUACCUUGACAUAAUUUCAACCAAAACAAAAUGGAAAUUAACAAAAUUUUCCCAAAAAUAAUAUUUCCAUUUUGAAAAGAAUCUUUCCUUAUUUCUAUCUUGUUUUGUUAGGCUCUCAUUCAUUAAUAAAUACUUUCUAUUAAUAAACCAUAAAAUGUGAUCAGGCCAUAUAACUUUCAAAUUAGCUUUUGCCCAAUCUAAAUUUUUUUCAUCUAAAUUGGUAUUUCUAAUUCUUCCACUCACCCAUUUCUUAAUUUCUUCUUUUAUCUGCAUAAUCUUCCCCUGCUCCAUUUUAUCUUCCAUACAUAUUUUUUCAAUUUGCGAGGAGUGAAAUAUUUCAAGCUUAGAAAUAAUUCUAAUGGACUGUGAGUUUUGAAGGAUGGAAGGAUUUUCUUCUCUAAUCUCAGAUCUACUGAAUUCAGUAAAAUUCAAAUUUUCUCUUCUAAAAUUAUCUCUAUAUUCAUAUCCAUUAUUUUCGUUUCUCCCUAUUAGUUGAAUCAACUCUUUUUCUAGCUUUUCAUUUCUCAACUCAUCAAAUUCUUCAUCAUUCCAAGAGCUAUCUUUUAAUUUCUGUAUCUGAUAUACAUCAUCAUCCUUAGUAUCAACAUCCAUGGCUGCAAAAUUAUGAUUAGAUUCAUUAAUUUCGUCUCCUACAUCUCCCAAAUCAAUUGAUUUUUCCUCACCUGAAAUAUGUUUUUCUUCAUUUCUGUCCUUACUCCCUUCUACUAAAAUUUAGAUGAUUUUUCCAUGAUCAACUGUUGUUUCUUCAUCUAAGGGCUCUUUCUCCUCAUCAUCCUCACUAUAUUCAUUCAUUAAUUGCAAGCAAUAAAUAAUUUUAUUCAAAUUUUCUGCUACUAUAUUUUUGGCCUUAAUAUUCUUAUUUACUUCUAAUGGAUCAUCAAUUUCUUCUAAUAAUUGGAAAUAAAGAUCAGGUAAAAUAUUCUCACUCAAUGUAUUCACUGUCCUAAUAUUUAUUUUGUGGGUUUUUUUCUAAAUUUAUCCAGCUAGACUCUUCUUGCUGAAAUCCUACUAUUGGACAGUUUCCUAAAUUUUCUAUGGGCUGACUAGGUAGCUGUCUCUUUUUUCUCUUAUCCCCAAGAGCCUCUAUAAUUUGUUUCUAGUGCAGCAUCAUUUGAUUCAUAGUUUGUUGCAUCAUUUGGCUCAUUUGCUGCAUCAUUUCCAUAGCAUCAAGUUGGAUUUGAGAGGACUGAUUUUUCUGAAAUCUGUGUUUUUAUUUUGGAUGAAAUUCAAAAUUUGAAUUGAAUCUAAGUGCUUCUGGAUUUUGAAUAUUAUUUGGGUUUCUCCACCAAAAAUUAUUUCCCCAAUUAGGAUUAUAAGAAUUAGAAAAAUAUUCCUAAUUUUUACUAAAAUCGUGGGGUACUUGCACUUGUUCUUGCCUAGGAUGAUAUUGAAAUUUGAAAUGAUCAUUUUCACCAUACAUAGGACGUAUACUAUUUGAAUUAAAUUGAGGGUUAAGAGGCUUUCUAAUAUUGUCAAUAAGUAAAUCAAUUUUUUCUAAUAUUUGAUUAAUCUGAUUAACCUCAUUUCUAAAUUUAGAAUAAUCAUCAUGAUGCAAUUCAUAAACUCCUCUCUUCUUAUCCCUAUCAUAUAAUUCAAAAGAGGCUUGAUCUCUAGAAUUUUCAUAUAGAUUCUCAUAAAGACUAUAAAUCUUAUCAGGAGUUUUCUCCAUAAAAGUUCUUCCACAUAUAGAAUCAACCAUAUUUUUAUGUUGUUCUAAUAAUCCACCAUAAAAAUUCUAUUAAGCUGCCACUUGGGUAUAGCAUGAUGAGGACACUUUCUAAGUAAAUCUUUGAAUUUUUCCCAUGUCUCAUGUAAAGUUUCUCUUGGUCUUUGAGAAAAUUCUAUAUAUAUUUUCUCAUAUUUUGAGUUUUUCCUAAGAGAUAAAAUUUUUGAAGAAAGGCCUGUUCUGUCUUUCCAGCUAGUUAAUUCUCUAUCUAAUGUAGAUAGCCAAUGACUAGCUUUGUCCCUAAGUGUAUGAGGAAAUAAUUUCAUCUUAAUAAUUUCCGAUGUAACUUGAGAGAGAUUAACUAAAUCACAGACCAUAUAAAAUUUUUCUAAGUGCUGAUGAGGUUCCUCUAAAGCAAUCCAUGAAAAUUAGAGAGCAUUUGAAAAUUUUCUAGAUUUAUUUCAAAUUUAAUAGUUGGUGCUAAUGGGACUCUAAUAUUGGAUGCUCUUUGAAAUGAAUACGAGAUAUAAUGAUUUUCAAUGGCCAUAGGAUUGCUCUCAGUUUGACCUGUACUUCUUUCAGGAUCCAUUAAAAUUAUUUUUUUUUUCGGAUUUUUAGUUUUGAAUGAAAUAAUGAAAGGAUUUUCUAGCCUUGGUUGCAAGGAUCUUCUUCUAUCAUGCAUAAAAAUCAAUAAAUUUGAGGGAAAAAUUUAGUAAUUGUUACCCUCCUUUAGUAUGCUCCAGUCCUUUCAUUGCUUCUUUUCCUUCCCUUUUUCUAAAAAAAAAUUGGAAAAAAGAAAAUAAAACAAGAGUUAAUUUUUUUUGUGUACUCUAAGAGAAAAAUAGAAAAAUACUAAAUAUUAUGCAAUACAUCACUAGCAAUGGUGCCAAAUUUGACGCGACUUAGUCGUUGUAUAUUAAAUCAUGCAAAUCAAAAAUUUAUAAAACUAAAAAAUAUAAAUUUUUGGAUAUUUAGAAGUAUUUCUGAAUAAAUAUAUAAAUUAUAAUUCUAUAAAACUUCUAAAAAUAGCGAUAAUUUUCCAAGUCGAUCACAAGGAUGUAAUAUAAUAUCUCGUAAUUAUUCAGAGUUUUUGUCAAUGAAUACGGUUUUUUAUGAAUUUUAUAUUAGGAAUUGAAAAGAAAAUAUAUUUAAAAUUCACAAAAAAGUGAAAUAAGGGUGCAAACGUCAGGAUGACAUCAGCACCCGGCAAACACGAAUCGGACGAAAAUAGAGUUCCAUCUGGUGAUUCUUAUGUAAGCAAUUAUAGACAAUUUAAUUGAUCAAAUUAAGAUUUGUAAAAGCUAGAAGAAUCGUAAUAGAACAAAGUUUAUUUUGGUAAAUUAAAAUCACAAAAACUAUCACUAAAUAAAGCGUAAGGUGAGUUAAAAGUAGGAAAAUAGAGUUCUGGCAUUACGACGGCGAUGCGUCAGUGAUGCAUUAGAAUUCUAAGCAUUUGGGAGGAUCGUCGUGUAGUGUCCAUGGCCUCGAAGGCUCUCCUUAGACAAAGACGACGUGGGCAAUCUCUAGAUCUUCUCAUGAAGUCUAGAGAUCAAUAAAAUAGGUCGUCGAGUCGUCUUUGGUGGCUGUCACCUGGCGGAGCAGAAAAAUUGUGACUUUGCAGUUCUCUGGCGACUGUCACUUGAUAGAGAGGAGCUGGAUGGAGGUGAGGCCCAUGUCAGGGAGCUUCAUCCUCAAGUCCACGCAGCAAGAAGAGGCUCUUUAUCGCAUUUGGUACACUCUCAGGAGGUGGCGACUUGUCUCCAAGCAGAUCGUCCUCUUCCUGAUGAUGGCUUGUUCGUCAAUCAAUCAGAGAUGAUUUACUUGAUGAAUUUGCGAUCGUUUUAUCGCGAAUCAUUCAAUAAUUUUAGUAGCAAUGCUCUGCGAAUCGCGUUGACGAGAUUUUUGCUGAUGAUCUAGUAAUUCUCGUUGCUUAAUCCUUCGCCAGUGAUCUACAAGAAAGUCACAAUAAUCAAAUAAAAAUAUAUGACUUUUGACUCUAGGAGGAUUCGAACCCGCACCAGUUGCCUCGCCCCUUCUAAGGAAGGUGUGAGGUGGGUUUAGUCCCACAUUGGUUGUGCGCCGAUUUUUCGGGUGAAUAUAUACUAAUGUUAGAUUUCUAAGGAAAGUCCCUUCUCUCAUGUGUACGACCACUCCUUGCUCCACAACUGGCUGGCCACUAGUGACAUGGAAGGGGAAUGGCGCACUCGUGCCCCUAUCGGUCCAUGCCACUCGAGCCUCUGCUCGUGGCUACUCCCUAAUUGAGCUUCCGACUCACUUGGGGCCCCGGCUAGCUAGUGGGUCCCCCCAUUUUACUAUAUUUUUAUUUUAUUUUCUUUUACUUCAUUUAUCUCAAAAUCACAUAAUUACCUAAAAAUUUUAUGUAAUCAAUUGAAAACUAAUUUUCACACUUUAACACAAAUAUAAGUCUAUUUAUCAUGAGUUAAGGCUAAAACUAUAUUAUUUACUUAAUUACUAACUCAUGAUAAUGAAAACUUAUCAUGAUUCGUAGAGCAUUGUUACUAAAAUUAUUGAACGAUUUACGAUAAAAAGAUUACGAAUCCAUUGAGUAAAGCAUCUCUGAUUGAUUGACAAAUAAGUCAUCAUCGGGAAGAAGAUGAUCCGCUGGGAGAUGAGUCGCCACCUCUUGAGAGUGUAUUGACGUGACUUAGUUGUUGUAUAGUAAAUCACAUAAAUUUUAAAUUUAUAAAAUAAGAAAAUAUGAAUUUUCAGAUAUUUAGAAGUAUUUUUAAAAAAAUAUAUCAAGUAGAAUUAAAUAAAAUUUAUAAAAUAGUAGUAAUUUUCUAAAUCGAUCACAAGGAUGUAAUAUAAUAUCUGAUAAUUAUUCAAAAUUUUCUUCAAAGAAUUCUAUUUUCUAUGAAUUUUAUACUAGUAAAUGAAAAGAAAAUAUAUUUAAAAUUCACGUAAAAGGGAGAUAAGGGUGUGGACAUCAAGAUGACGUCAGCAUUCGGCAAACAUGAAUCAAGCGGAAAUAGAGUUCCACUUGGUGAUUCUUAUGUAAGCGAUUAUAGACGAUUUACUUGAUCAAAUUAAGAUUUGUAAAAGCCAGAAGAAUUAUAAGUGAACGAAGUAUAUUUUGGUAAAUUAAAAUCACACAAAUUAUCACUAAAUGAACCAUAAAGUAAGUUAAAAGUAAGAAAAAAGAGUUCCGGCAUCGCGGCGGUGAUGCGUCAGCAAUGCACCGAAAUCCUAAGCAUUCGGGAGGAUCGUCGUGCAGUGUCUAUGGCCUUGAAGGCUCUCCUUGGACAAGGACGAUGUGGGCAAACUCUAGAUCUUCUUGUGAAGUCUAGAGAUCACUGAAAUGGGUCGUCAAAUUGUCUUUGAUAGUUGUCACCCAAUGGUUGUCACCCGAUAGAGAGGAGCUAGAUGAAGGUGGGGCGCCUGUCAAGGAGCUUCACCCUCACCUCCGCACAGUAAGAAGAGGCUCUUCAUCUCAUCUAGUACGCUCUCAGGAGGUGGCGACUCAUCUCCUAAUGGAUCAUCCUCUUCCUGAUGAUGGCUUGUUCAUCGAUCAAUCGGAGAUGCUUUACUCGAUGGAUUCGCGAUCCUUUUAUCAUGAAUCGUUCAAAAAUUUUAGUAACAAUGCUCCAUAAAUCGUAUUAAUGAGAUUUUUGCCAAUGAUCCAGCGAUUCUAGUUGCUUAAUCCUUCACUGAGAAUCUGUAGGAAAGUCGUAAUAAUCAAAUAAAAAAAUAUGAGUUUUGGCUCUAGGAGGAUUCAAACCUAUGCCGGUUGCCCGCCCUACUCUGCCAAGUGACAACUGCUACAAACGAUUCGACGACCCAUUUUAUUGAUCUCUAGACUUUGCAAAGAAAUCUAGAGGUUGCCCAUGUCAUUCUUGUUCAAGGAGAGCCUUCAAGGCCAUGGACACUGUAGAAUAAUCUUUCCGAAUGCUCAAGAAUCUAGUGCAUCACUAACGCAUUGUUGCCACAACACCAGAACUCUGUUUUCCUACUUCAACUAAAUUUUUACUUCAUUUAGUGAUAAUCUGUGUGAUUUAAAUUUACCAAGAUAUACUUCAUUCAAUUACGAUUCUUUUGGCUUUUAUAGAACUUAAUUUGAUCAAUUAAAUCAUCUAUAAUCACUUAAGUAAGAAUCAUCAGAUGAAACUCUGUUUUGCCCGAUUCAUGUUUGCUGGGUGUUGAUGUCAUCUUGACGUCCCCAUUUUCGUGAAUUUUAAAUAUAUUUAAUUUUUAUUUUCUAGUAUAAAAUUCAUAGAAAAUAGUAUUCUUUGAGAAAAAUUCUGAAUAAUUAGCCGAUAUUAUAUUACAUCCCUUUAAUUGACUUGGAAAAUUACUGCUAUUUUUUGAAGUUUUAUGGAAUUAUAAUUGAUAUAUUUAUUCAGAAAUACUUCUAAAUAUCUAAAAAUUUGUAUUUUCUAGUUUUAUAAAUUUUGAAUUUGUGUGAUUUACUAUACAACAACUAAGUCACAUCAACGUCUAAAAAUGAUAGUCAUUUGUUUUAGUUCAUAUGACAAUGUCAUUAGUGUGUACUUAUUGUUGAGUUUAAAUACACACUAUCUAAUAAUAUUUAUACCUAAAACUUAAUAAAAUAUUAUUAUAGAAUUAAGUCUCAAGUUGAACACAAGGAGAUUGACUAAUCUGUCAUAAAAAAUAAUUUAAUUUAUAUAUAAAGUGGUUUUAAUAUUUUGUUAAUAUUUAACAUAAAUAUAAAGUAGAAGGGUGAGGUGAGAAGAAUAAAGGAAGGGAAGGGAGAAAAAAAGGAAGGGGGAAAAGAGAGAGAGAAAGAGAGAGCUCACACGAGAGAUAGAAGGGAUGGGAUCUCUCAUGAAAGGGAGAGAAAGAGCGAGGAGAAGAGAGAGUUCUUAUGAGAGAAAAGGGAUGAGAUCUCUCAUGAAAGGAAAAGAAAGAGAGCGGAGGAGAGAAAGCUCUCAUGAGAGAGAGAAGGGAUCAGAUCUCUCGUGAAAGGAAGAGAAAGGGAGUGGAGGAGAGAAAUCUCACAUGAGGCAGAGAGAGAGAAGGAGAGAGAAAUCAAUCGAGAGAGAGAAAGAGAAUGAAAUCAAUCAAGAGAGAGGGAGAGAAAGGGAGAGAUCUUAUGAGAGAUGAAGAGAGAAGAGAGGUCUCACAAGAGAUAGAGAAAGAAGAGAGGUCUCACGAGAGAGAGAGAGAGAGAAAUAAGAAGAAAAUGAAGAAAAAGAGAAAUAUGGUCAUCCUAUUUUCUCAGACGAAUGUGUGCUCGAGGAUUCACACACAUGACAUGAGAUUAGUCAUGAAUGUCUCUAGCUUAUUUAAACCAUUGAAUGCUCAUUAAUCAACCUUUAAUCUCGGUGAUUUUGCAUUUGAAAAUAAAAAAAACUUGUUAUUCGUAGAAUAUUGAGAACAUGAAUAUGUCAAGAUUCAAUUGUAAAAAUCAAUAGAAAAAGUUAGAAAUGAUCUUAGCUUAAUCUCAUACGAGUCUUGGAGGAUUUACAAGAAGAAUGAAGAUCAUUCAUCAAGUUUUGAAUUAGUUCUACUCAUUUCAAUCAAAACGUGCAUGAAAUGGAAAGAACUUAUCGUAAAAUGUAAAUAAAUGACAAAAGCAGAUAAGUAAAUGCUGAAAAUAGGAAAUAAAUCAUUGCCCAAGUUUAGUCUACCUCCUAGAUAACUAGAGACACCAAUGUGGUAGUUUGGUUUUGUCCAAACAUGCCACACCACGCCGGAAGUCAUAGAAGUAUCAUCCAAAAGCACUGUGCCACUUUCCAAAGAGAUUUGCUGAAAUAAGGGUUGCCAAGCUGUCAGCGUUGUCUAAGGGGAGAAGAGAAGAGCUGACCACUUGUUAGAGGCCUUGAGUGUAGUCAAAGGAGGAAGGAAGAAACUUGCCAAUCACUGAAGAUGUCGAUUGCGUAAAAGAAGGGAAUAAUAGCUUGCCGUAUUUUUGACUACCAUCAGGACUUUAACGAUAAUCAAUAAUAUCUAUUUUACUAGAAAAUAAUCAAUUAUUAUCUUUAUAUCCCUGAUGAUGAUUUGUGUGAGAACUUAAGUUCCUAGUGUCGUGGUGCUUCAAGAGCCACUAGAUCAGAUGAGCUUGGUACAUGGCACAUUGAACAACAUAGGAUCAACCUGCUACAAACCACUAUCGAUCGAAAACUUAAGUUCUUGGUACCAUGGCACCUUCAUAGCUGUCAAAUCAUCCUUUAAGCCCACAUGUGUGUUGAGCAAUGUCGAAUUCAUAAACUGUCGAUGGAUUGCUUUACACAUAUGGUAUUGUGGUGGUUUGCCAGCCACAAGAUUUGGCUAAUUUGAUGACAUGACUCUUUGUGUACUACUAGAUCACACCAUGCUCUAGAUGGCUAUGCUAGAACAAGCGAAAAUAUUUAGUUCAACACUGGAAAUAUAUUGGAUGUAUGUACUGAAUAGAAACUAAAGCUUAUCUCUCUCAGCAAAGAUCCCUUCUCCCAAAAUAAAAUAAUGUCUAGAACCAUCUUAGGAGAAGGCAAUAAGGUGGUCCGCCCUCGUGCACGCACGUGUUUAUGAGAACUCCUUGCCCCAUGACUGGUUGGCCACUAGGAUGUAAAAGGAGAGUGGCGCACACGUGUGUAGAGUGAGGCCUUCGUCACUCGAGCCCAACUCGUGGCUCCCUUCGUCUGGGUCUACCCAGUUGAUUGUUGUCCCCCCUCUAGGUCAACUGCCAAGUGCUACCUUGCUAGCAUACGAAAGAAUUUUUUAUAUUUUAUUAUUUUUAUUUCAAUAAUAAAAAAUACUACUAAAUAUUUUAACUUGACUUUUAAAAUUAACAAUAUAUCCUAUAUUUCUUUUGCAAGUUAACAAAAUAAAGUCAAAAAAUAAAACUAAUUAAAACACAUAAAUCUAGCUUUAACAUUAAUGUCUGAUAAGUCUUCAUUAUCAUGAGUUAAUAAUUAGUAAAUAAUAUAGUUUUAGCCUUAACUCAUGAUAAAUAGACUUAUAUUUGUGUUAAAGAAUGAUUUUUGGUUUUCAAUUGAUAAACGUGAAGUUUUGGGUAAUUAUGUGAUUUUAUACGAUUUUUACAGUCUUACUUUUGAGAUAAAUGAAGAACAAGAAAUAAAAAUAAAAAUAUUGCAAAAAUGAGAGGACCCGCCGGCCAGCCAGGCCCGCAACCAGGUUGGAAGCGCAGUCGGGGAGUAAGCCGUGAGCAGGGGCUCGAGCGGCUUGACUUGGGGAUCGAUAGGGCACGCAUACGCCACUCCCCUUCCACGUCACCGGUGGCCAGCCGGUUGUGGGGCAAGGAGUGGUCAUACACGCGAGAGAAGGGACUUUGCUCACAAAGCUAACAUUACUAUAUAUUCGCCCGAAAAAUUGGCGUACAACUGAUGUGGGACUAAACCCACCUUCCUCAGAAGAGGCGGGUGACCGGCGCAGGUUCAAAUCCUCCCAGAGUCAAAAUUCAUAUAUUUUUAUCUGAUUAUCGCGACUUUCCUGCAGAUCACCGAUGAAGGAUUAAGCAACGAGAAUCGCUGGAUCAUCGGUGAAAAUCUCGUCAACGCGAUUCGUGGAGCAUUGCUACUAAAAUUGCUGAACGAUUCACGAUAAAAGGAUCGCGAAUCCAUCGAGUAAAUCAUCUCCAAUUGAUCGACGAACAAGCCGUCGUCAGGAAGAGGACGAUCCGCCAGGAGACUAGUCGCCACCUCCUGAGAGCGUACCAGAUGCAAUGAAGAGCCACCUCUUGCUGUGCGGACCUAAGGAUGAAGCUCCCUGACACGCGCCCCACCUCCAUCCAACUCCUCUCCGUCGGGUGACAGCCGCCGGAGAGCCGCAAAGUCGCCGUUUUUCCGCUCCGCCGGGUGACAGCCACCGGAGAUGAUUUGACGACCCACUUCAUUGAUCUCUAGACUUCGCGAGAAGAUCUAGAGAUUGCCCACGUUGUCUUUGUCCAAGGAGAGCCUUCGAGGCCAUGGACACUGCACGACAAUCCUCCUGAAUGCUUAGGAUUCUGGUGCAUCGCCGACGUAUCGCCGUCGUGACGCCGGAACUCUGUUUUCCUACUUUCAAUUUAAUUUACGCUUCAUUUAGUGAUACUUUGUGUGAUUUUAAUUUACCAAACUAUAAUUCGUUAAAUUACGAUUCUUUCGACUUUUACAGAUCUUAAUUUGAUUAAUUAAGUCAUCUGUAAUCGCUUACAUAAGAAUCGCCAGGCGGAACUCUGUUUCCGCCUGAUUCGCGUUCACCGGGUGUUGACGUCAUCUUGACGCCCGCACCCUUAUUUCCUUUUUUUUCGUGAAUUUUAAAUAUAUUUCCUUUUUAUUUCCUAGUAUAAAAUUCGUAAGAAAAUCGUAUUCAUUGAGAAAAAUUCUGAAUAAUUACCAGAUAUUAUAUUACAUCCCUGUGAUUGACUUGAAAAAUUAUCGCUAUUUUUGGAAUUUUUAUUGAAUUAUAAUUGAUAUAUUUAUUUUGAAAUACUUCUAAAUAUCCGAAAAUUCGUAUUUUCUAGUUUUAUAAAUUUUAUAUUUGCGUGAUUUAACAUACAACGACUAAGUCACGUCAAUGUCUAAGACCAAAAAAUAAAUGGGAAAAUAGCAUUCACCUACCUUGACAAUUACAUCUUCUAAUAUUCCUUUAGGUUUCCUAGUAGAUCUAUCUACAACUUGAAGAAUUGUAGAGGCUGGUUUGAGCUCACCAAUUCUAAAAUGUUCAGCAAUGGCAGUAGGUAAAAAAUUAACACCAGCACCUAAAUCAAGCAAUGCAUUAUCAAAAGUAAUUCCACCAAUUUUACAAGAGAUUAGAGGUUUACCUGGAUCUUUACAUUUCAUGGGCAAUUGAUCAAGAAUAAUUGCAUUGUGAUGAAAGGAUGAUUCUUUUUUCUCUUUUAGGUGUGCACAUCUCCUUCAAAAAUUUUGCAUAACUUGGUACAUGAUUGAUGGCAUCCAAGAGAGCAAUCUUGAGCUGCACUUGCUCAAAAAUUUUCAUCACCUCAUCACUAUGAAUCAAUCCCUUUUUACCUUUUGGUUUUAAUGCAUGAAGGAAAGGUGUAGUGGGAACAUAUUCCUUGGGGUCAAUAUUUACUUCAACCUUUGAUUUUUCAACCUCUUCAUCAUCACUAAAAUCAUCAUCUUCCUCUAUAAUUUUCUGUUUUUGAUCUUCUGAAUUUUUGUCCAUAGAAGAGAUGUCUUUUCCAUCCUCCUUUUGUUGGUAACGAUCACUCAAAACCUUCCCAUUUCGUAGCUGAGAUAUGGCCUUCAUGUCUUCCAUUUGAGAUAGUACAAAAGGUUCUUCAAAACUUGUAUUUACCAUGUUAGCUUGAUGCUGAAAACCAGGAGGAUGAUUUUGUAGAUUGGCUAUGGGUUGACUUGGUAGCUGGCCUCCACUUGGUCUAAAUUGUUGAGCUGCAUGUGGUUUUUGUGUGAGUUGAUGCAUGGAUUUGUUUUGUUGUUGUUGCUGCAGCAAUUGUUGAAUGGAUUGUUGUCGAGUUUGUUGUUGUUGUAAUUUUUGAAUGGUUUGUUGUUGUUGAACCAUGAUCCGUUGUAAACCACUCAAUUUAUUGUCACUGCCUUGAUUUUUUCCCAUGACUUGUGGUCCUUGACCUAAUGGUGGGUGUGCUUGAAAAUUUGAUGGGCGUGGUUGACCUUUCAUGGGUGGAAAUAUUUGCUGCUGAGGUCUAACCUGCAUGUUGGGAUAACUAGAAGAUGUUUGCUCACUAAACAUGUUUUGAUUUUUCCAUGAAAAAUUUGGAUGAUUUCUCCAUCCAGGGUUAUAAGAAGCCUGCACAAAAUCAUGAUUAGACUUAUUAAAAUCUUGAGCUAAUUGAACUUGUUCAGAUGUAUAUGAUGGAGAAAUAAUUUGAGGACAUUCAUUUUCAGCAUGAUUCAAACUUGAAGAAAUUUUGUAAGUUUGUCACUUAAAUUUUUCCUAAAAGCAAGAAUUUUUUCCAUCUUAGAAUUUAGCUCAUCAAAUUAACUCUUCCAUUCUUUAUCAUCUGAUUUUCUAAUCUCAUAAAUUCCACCCUUAGAUCUAUCAAAGGAAGAUGAAGAUAUAUAGUUAGAAGAGUUAUCAGUAAGUUCUUCCAAAAGAGAAUAUCCCUCAUCUUCCUUUUUAUUCAUAAAUGUGCCACCACAUGAUGCAUCAAUCAUUUGCUUGUUGGCUGCAGACAAACCAUCAUAAAACAUUUGAACUAUUUGUCAUUUAGGAAUACCAUGAUGAAGACAUCUUCUCAUCAUAGCUUUGAAUCUAUACCAUGCUUCAUGCAAAGGUUCAUUACUGUUUUGUGUAAAACUCAUAAUAUGUUUUCUCAUCAACAUGGUUUUCCCCCUAGGAUAAAAUAUUUUCAGAAAUUCCUGCACUAAAUCAGGCCAUGAUUUUAUCUCCUUUUCUAAAGUAGAAAUCCAAUAGCUAGCAUCACAUUUCAAAGAAAAAGGAAACUAUGUUAAUUUUAAUUCAUCGUCAACCUCUUUGACAGUCCCACAAACCUUAAGACAUUCUUGCAAAUGAUCAUAUGGAUCUUCAAUAUUUUUAUCAUAAGAAUAUAGGCAGCAAUUGAAAAAUUCCUGAUUUAAUAUUGUGCUUGCAAAUAGGUUGCUAUUGAAAAUCAAGUGCAGAUGGUGGAUUAAAAUAAUCUCUAAUAGGUCUAGGGUUUUCUCUAUUUUCCUCUACUUUUCGUGAAUUAAGCAAAUUGCCAGAUGAUUUAACUCUAGAUAUAGGUAGUUCUACUAAUUUGGGUUUUAAUGACCUCCGUCCUAGCAUGCAACAUUAAUUCACGAAUUAUUUUUUUAUAUAGAAAUGAGAUAUGAAAAGAAAAUGUAGAAAAAUAGAAAAAUAAUUCCUAUAGAGAAUUAAAGAUUUCGAAAUUACCUUCGCCAAGAACAGCACCAAAAAUUGAUGUGGUUCUAAGUCGUUAUUAGAAUCAUCAAUCAAUUUUAAUAACUUGUUCAACUAGAUUCAACAAAAAUAAUAAUAAGAAUUUUAGAUGGAUAUAGUGGUGAGCUAGGUCAUCUCCUUAGGGGAAAGCUUUUAAAAAUCCUUUUAUCCUCUAAUUUAAAGAAUUACAAAUUGAUUAGAAGAUUUAAAUUCAUAUUCAAAACAAUAAAUGAAAUAAAAUGGCAAAUAAAUAUAAAUGCGAAUAUAAAAAUGAAAUGAAUUAAAAUCAAUAAACUAAAUAUGCUUUGGAUUGAUUAAAAUAGAAGAAAAAAAGUAAAUAAAUAAUUUAACCUAAGAAAAUAAAAUUAUUUCACAGAUCAAACAAGAAAAUAAUAAAAACUCUAUUAAAAAUCAAACUUACAACUCUUUGAAUGCAUGGCUUGAUGUCAACUUCUGGGUAGCACUUCUCAAUCUUGCAUCUAGUUCAAUAGAAUGGAUUUAAGGUGAAAAGGGUAAAGGAGAACAAUCAAAAUUAACAAUGCACUCUUCAGAAUCCUAUUUUCUCAUGAGAAAGAAGAACAAUAUUUUCUCUCAAGAACAACCCAAGAACAACUCUAGAAAAUCUCCAUUUCCCUCCCCUCUUCCUCCUUUGUCCCAUAGAUCUACAAAUCGAAUUUUCUAUUUUGACUUCUUAUUUUCUGUCAUAUUUUGCCAAUUUUUCUCUAAAGUUUUCAGCAUUUUCCCCUUUUCUCAUGGGGUAAUAAUCGAUAUUAUCUAUUUUGCCAGAUGAUAAUCAAUAUUUGAAUAUAUACCCUUUUGUGCAUGUGAGGGAAUAAUUGAUAUCGUUUGUUUUACCAAAUGAUAAUUGAUAUUUCUAAAUAUAUGCUCCGAAGCAUGGUUCGAUGAAGACUAUUGGAUCCUUGUGCUAUGAUUUUGCUCUGAAGAGGGGUGAUGUGGCCUAAUAAUCACUGUUAGAUCUCCAUCGGCUCUUGCUCCUUUUGCAUGUGCUUUAUCACGAUCUGUGUGCAUCAGAUGCCAUGAUAGCCACUGUUGGAUUGGUGGCUACUUUUCAUGUAUUGAUGGCUAUGACAUGGAGUGUGGGAUCUACUAGCAGUCACCAUUGGAUCUUGGAGCUACUUUUUCAUAUGACAGCAACAGUGAUGUGGCUUCAUGGCAUGCAUUAGAUUUGACCACUACUAUCACACUACUGUUAGAUCUGAAAAGAAUAUAAAGUUAAUCCCAUAUUGAAAGUAUUAUGUGAUUGUUAUCAUAUCUAAUAAUGAUGUCUUCUAAUUAUAUUUAUUUUAAAGCCUCAAAUUUUUAGAAAAAUUAUAUAAAAUAGAUUUCAAUUAAUCAUAAAAUUUAGCACAAUAAUAUUUUAUUUUAAAAAAUAAGUGAGAAUUAAGCCUCAAGAUAUAAAAUAAAUUCUCAUCAACUUUUUGUUUAUUCAUAAAAUAUCAAUUUAAAUUAAGAUUUAGAGAGGUUCAUUUAAAUAACAAAUAAAAUAAUUUACAUGAUAACUUGUGAAAUAUUCCUCAAAUAUACAUUAUUGUCCUACAACAUAAAUUAAUAAUGAAUACUUCACCCCCCAACUUAAAAAUGACAUUGUCCUCAAUGACACAGAAAAAUCGAAACAAAAUAUGCAGAAAAGAUAAUUUUCAAGUGAAGUAUACAUAUAUGUAAAGUUAAGCAUUAAAAAUGUUGUCAUAAAUGAUUAAGCUCAGAAAGACAUCACCUCAACCUCAUUUUUAAUUUUCCACUUCAUCUUACACUCCUCCUACACUUUUUCGAAAAAACAAAUACAGAAACAAGUAUUGCAAAAUACUAAGAAAAAUAGAGCUUAAAAAAAAAUCAAACAUAAUGAAAUAAAAACCAUGGGUUGCCUAUCAUGCAAUGUUGCAAUUAAUGUCGCUAGCUGGACAGCUCUAAGAUCAUAUAAGAUGAUCUAUGGCCAUCAAAAUAUAUUGAUAUCCCAAGGUAAGUUUCAUGAUAUUCUUUUUCAAAUUUAGCAUAAAUUUUGUAUCCUCUUGACAUGACUCAGUCGUUUUAUAUUAAAUCACGCAAAUAUAAAAUUUGUAAAACUAGAAAAUACGAAUUUUCAGAUAUUUAGAAGUAUUUCUAAAUAAAUAUAUCAAUUAUAAUUCAAUAAAAUUCCAAAAAAUAGCGGUAAUUUUCCAAGUCAAUCACAAGGAUGUAAUAUAAUAUCUGGUAAUUAUUCAGAAUUAUUCUCAAUGAAUACGAUUUUCUUACGAAUUUUAUACUAGGAAAUAAAAAGGAAAUAUAUUUAAAAUUCACGAAAAAAAAAGGAAAUAAGGGUGCGGGCGUCAGGAUGAUGUCAGCGCCCGGUGAACGUGAAUCAGGUGAAAACAGAGUUCUGCCCGACGAUUCUUACGUAAGCGAUUACAGACGACUUAAUUAAUCAAAUUAAGAUCUGUAAAAGCCGGAAGAAUCGUAAUUUAACGAAGUAUAGUUUGGUAAAUUAAAAUCACACAAAGUAUCACUAAAUAAAGCGUAAAUUAAAUUGAAAGCAGGAAAACAGAGCUCUGACGUCGCGACGGCGAUGCGUCGACGAUGCACCGGAAUCCUAAGCGUUCGGGAGGGUUGUCGUGUAGUGUCCACGGCCUCGAACGCUCUCCUUGGACAAAGACGAUGUGGACAAUUUCUAGAUCUUCUCGCGAAGUCUAAAAAUCAAUGAAGUGGGUCGUCGAAUCGUCUCCGGCGGCUGUCACCCGACAGAGAGGAGCUGGAUGGAGGUGGGGCGUAUGUCAAGGAGCUUCAUCCUCAGGUCCACGCAGCAAGAGGAGGCUCUUCAUCGCAUCUGGUACGCUCUCAAGAGGUGGCGACUGGUCUCCCGGCGGAUCAUCCUCUUCCUGACGACGGCUUGUUCGUUGAUCAAUCGGAGAUGAUUUACUCGAUGGAUUCACGAUCCUUUUAUCGUGAAUCGUUCAGCAAUUUUAGUAGCAAUGCUCCGCGAAUCGCGUUGACGAGAUUUUUGCCGAUGAUCCAAUGAUUCUCGUUGCUUAAUCCUUCACCGACGAUCUGCAGGAAUGUCGUGAUAAUCAGAUAAAAAUAUAUGAAUUUUGACUCUGGGAGGGUUCGAACCCACGCCGGUCGCUCGCCUCUUCUGAGGAAGGUGUGACGGGGGUUUAGUCCCACAUCGGUUGUACGCCGAUUUUUCGGGUGAAUAUAUAGUAGUGUUAGCUUUCUCAGCAAAGUCCCUUCUCUCGCGUGUAUGACCACUCCUUGCCCCACAGCCAGCUGGCCACCGGUGACGUGGAAGGGGAGUGUGGCGUACGCAUGCCCUGUCAGUCCCCAAGCCAAGUCGCUUGAGCCCCUGCUCGCGGCUUACUCCCCGACUGCACUUCCGACCCACUUGCCGCUUGCGAGCUCGGCUGGCCGGCGGGUUCCCCUCAUUUUUGCAAUAUUUUUAUUUUUAUUUGUUCUUCAUUUAUCUCAAAAGUUUGACUGUAAAAAUUGUAUAAAAUCACAUAAUUACCCAAAAAUUCAUGUUAAUCAAUUGAAAACCAAAAAUCAUUUUUUAACACAAAUAUAAGUCUAUUUAUCAUGAGUUAAGGCUAAAACUAUAUUAUUUACUAAUUAUUAACUCAUGAUAAUGAAGACUUAUCACCUCCCCUACUCCAUUUUAUCUUCCAUACAUAUUUGUUCAAUUUGCAAGGAGUGAAAUAUUUCAAGCUUAGAAAUAAUUCUAAUGAGCUGUGAGUUUUGAAGGAUGGAAGGAUUUUCUUCUUUAAUCUUAGAUCUAAUGAAUUCAGUAAAAUUUUAAUUUUCUCCUCCAAAAUUAUCUCUAUACUCAUAUUCAUUAUUUUCGUUUCUCACCAUUAGUUGAAUCAACUUUUUUUCUAGCUUUUCAUUUCUCAACUCAUCAAAUUCGUCAUCUUCCUAAGAGCUAUCUUUUAAUUUUGAGGUAUGAUAUACAUCAUUAUCAACAUCCAUGGCUGGAAAAUUAUGAUUAGAUUUAUUAAUGUCGUCUCCUACAUCUCCUAAAUCAACUCAUUUUUCCUCACCUGAAAUAUAUUUUUCUUCAUUUGUGUCCUUACUCCCUUCUACUAAAAUUUGGAUGAUUUUUCCAUGAUCAGCUGUUGUCUCUUCAUCUAAGGGGUCUUUCUCCUCAUCAUCCUCACUAUAUUCAUUCAUCAAUUGUGAGCAAUAAAUGAUUUUAUUCAAAUUUUCUACUACUAUAUUUUCAGCCUUAAUGUUCUCAUUUACUUCUAAUGGCUCAUUAAUUUUAUCUAAUAAUUAGAAAUAAGGAUUAGGUAAAAUAUUCUCACUCAAUAUAUUCACUGACUUAACAUUUUCAUUUCAUGAGUUUUUUUCUAAAUUUAUUCAGCUAGACUCUCCUUGCUGAAAUCUUAUUGUUGGAUAGUUUCUUGAAUUUUCUAUGGGCUGACUAGGUAGCUAUCCCUCUUCUCUCUUAUUCCUAAGAGUCUCUAUAAUUUGUUUCUAGUGCAGCAUCAUUUGAUUCAUAGUUUGUUGCAUCAUUUGGCUCAUUUGCUGCAUCAUUUCCAUAGCAUCAGGUUGAAUUUGAGAGGACUGAUUUUUUUGAAAUGUAUGUUCCUAUUUUGGACAAAAUUCAAAAUGUGAAUUGGAUCUAAGUGCUUUUGGAUUUUGAAUAUUAUUUGGGUCUCUCGAUGAAAAAUUAUUCCUCUAAUUAGGGUUAUAAAAAUUUGAAAAAGGUUCCCUAUUUCUAUUAAAACUGUGAGCUACUUGCACUUGUUCUUGCCUAGGUUGAAAUGAUUGAUCUAAAUUAUAACAUUGAAAUUCAGAAUAAUCAUUUUCACCAUACAUAGGACAUGUACUAUUCGAAUUAAAUUGAGGCUUAAAAGGCUUUCUAAUAUUGUCAAUAAGUAAUUCAAUUUUUUCUAAUAUUUGAUUAAUCUAAUUAACCUCAUUUCUAAGUUUAGAAUCAUCAUCAUGAUGCAAUUCAUAAAUUUCUCUCUUCUUAUCCUUGUCAUAUAAUUCAAAAGAGACUUGAUCUCUAGAAUUUUCACUUAAAUUCUCAUAAAGAUUGUAAAUCUCAUCAAGAGUUUUCUCCAUAAAUGCUCCUCCACAUAUAGAAUCAACCAUAUUUCUAUGUUGUUCUAAUAAUCCAUCAUAAAAAAUUCUAUUGAGCUGUCACUUGGGUAUAGCAUGAUGAGGAGACUUUUUAAGUAAAUCUUUGAAUUUUUCCCAUGUCUCAUGCAAAGUUUAUCCUGGUCUUUGAGAAAAACUCCAUAUAUGUUUUUUUUAUAUUUUGAGUUUUUCCUAAGGGAUAAAAUUUUUAAAGAAAGGCCUGUUCUAUAUCUUUCUAGCUAGUUAAUUCUCUAUCGAACAUGGAUAGCUAAUGACUAGCUUUGUCCCUAAGUGUAUGAGGGAAUAAUUUCAUUUUAAUAAUUUCUAGUGUAACUUGAAGGAGAUUAACUAAAUCACAGACCAUAUGAAAUUUUUCUAAGUGCUGAUGAGGUUCUUCUAAAGGCAAUCCAUGAAAAUUAGGGAGUAUUUAAAAAAUUCUUCAAUUUAUUUCGAAUUUAACAGUGGGUGCUAAUGGGACUGUAAUAUUGGAUGCUCUUUGAAAUGAAUUAGGGAUAUAAUAAUUUUUCAUGGCCAUAGAAUUGUUCUCAAUUUGGCCUGUAUUUCCUUCAGGAUCUAUCAAAAUUAAUUUUUCUUUCGGAUCUUUAUUUUUGAAUGAAAUAAUGAAAGGAUUUUCUAGCCUUGGAUGCAAGGAUCUUCUACCAUGCAUAAAAUACAAUAAAUUCGAGAGAAAAAUUUAGUAAUUGUUACCCUCCUUCAGUAUGCUCCAUUCCUUGUCUUGCUUCUUUUCAUUCCCUUUUUCUAAAAAAAAAAUCGACAAAAAGAAAAUAAAACAAAGAGUUAAAUUUUUUUGUGUACUCUAAGAGAAAAAUAGAAAAAUACUAAAUAUUAUGCAAUACAUUCCCAACAAUAGUACCAAAAUUUGAUGUGACUCAGUCGUUGUAUAUUAAAUCACGUAAAUAUUAAAUUUAUAAAACUAGAAAAUAUGAAUUUUUAGAUAUUUAGAAGUAUUUAUAAAUAAAUAUAUCAAUUAUAAUUCAAUAAAACUUCCAAAAAUAGUAGUGAUUUUCUAGGUCGAUCACAAGGAUGUAAUAUAAUAUCUAGUAAUUAUUCAUAAUACAAUGUUCUAUGAAUUAUAUACUAAGAAUUGAAAAGAAAAUAUAUUUAAAAUUUACAAAAAAAGAAAAUAAGUGUGCCAAUAUCAAGAUGAUGUUAGUGCCCGGCGAAUGUGAAUUGGGCGAAAAUAGAGUUUCGCUUGGCGAUUCUUAUGUAAGCAAUUACAAAUGAUUUAAUUAAUCAAAUUAAGAUCUGUAAAAGCCAGAAGAAUUGUAAUUGAACAAAGUAUACUUUGAUAAAUUAAAAACACAAAAUUAUCACUAAAUGAAGCGUAAAGUAAAUUGAAAGCAAGAAAACAAAGUUCCGGCAUCGCGACGGUGAUGCGUCGGCGAUGCACUGGAAUCUUAAGCAUUCGGGAGGAUCAUCAUGUAGUGUCCACGGCCUCGAAGGCCCUCCUUGGACAAAGCUGACAUGGGCAAUCUCUAGAUCUCCUUGCAAAGUCUAGAGAUUAAUAAAAUGGGUCGUCGAAUCGUCUCUGGCGGCUAUCACCCAGCGGAGCAGAAAAACGGUGACUUUGCAGCUCUCUAGUGGCUAUCACCCGACAGAGAAGAGCUGGAUGGAGGUGGGGCGCAUGUUAGGGAGCUUCAUCCUCAAGUCUGCACAGCAAGAGGAGACUCUUCAUUGCAUCCGGUACGCUCUCAAGAGGUGGCGACUCGUCUCUCGGCAGAUCGUCCUCUUCCCAACAAUGGCUUGUUCAUCGAUCAAUCGGAGAUGAUUUACUCAAUGGAUUCACGAUCCUUUUAUCGUAAAUUGUUCAGCAAUUUUAGUAGCAAUGCUCCACGAAUCGUGUUGACGAAGUUUUCGCUGAUGAUCUAACGAUUCUCGUUGCUUAAUCCUUCACCGACGAUCUGCAAGAAAGUCACGAUAAUUAUAUAAAAAUAUAUUACUUUUGACUCUAGAAGGACUCAAACCUAUGCCAGUCAUUCGCCUCUUUUGAGGAAGGUGUGAUGCGGGUUUAGUCCCACAUCGGUUGUGCGCCAAUUUUUCAGGCGAAUAUAUAGUAAUGUUAGAUUUCUAAGCAAAGUUCCUUCUCUCGUGUGUACGACCACUCCUUGCCCCACAACUGACUGGCCACUGGUGACAUGGAAGGGGAAUGGCACACAUGUGCCCCUAUCGGUCCAAGCUACUUGAGCCCCUACUCGUGGCUACUCCCUAACUGAGCUUCCAACCUGCUUGCGGGCCCAGCUAGCCGGCGAGUCCCCUCAUUUUAUUUUUAUUUCUUGUUCUUCAUUUAUCUCAAAAGUAAGACUAUAAAAAUCAUAUAAAAUCAUAUAAUUACCCAAAAAUUCACGUUAAUUAAUUAAAAACCACUUUUCACACUUUAACACAAAUAUAAGUCUAUUUAUCAUGAGUUAAGGCUAAAACUAUAUUAUUUACUAAUUAUUAACUCAUGAUAAUGAAGACUUAUCAGUGGCCAAUUGAUCAAUUGAGCAAGGAGCACCUAUACACAUGCGCGUGCAUGAGGGCAAACCACCUUAUUGUUUUCUCUCAAAAUGGUCCUAGGAAUUAUUUUAUUUCAAGGGAAGGGAUCUCUACUAAGAGAGAGAAGCUUUAGUUUAUAUUCAGCACAUGUGUCUGAUAUAUUUCUAUUGUGGGACUAAAUGUUUUCAUCUAUUUCAAUGCAACUAUCUAGAGUGCUAUGUGAUCUAGCAAUAUACAAAGAGUCAUGUUGAUGUCUUCAUUAUCAUGAGUUAAUAAUUAGUAAAUAAUAUAUUAUUAGCCUGAACUCAUCAUAAAUAGACUUAUAUUUGUGUUAAAAUGUGAAAAGUGAUUUUCAAUUGAUUAAUGUGAUUUGUUGGCUAAUUAUGUGAUUUUCUAUGAAUUUAUAUAAUUUUUAUAAUUGUAUUUUUUAGAUAAAUAAAGAAAAAGAAAUAAAAAUAAAAAUAUAACAAAAUGAGGGGAACCUACCAACCAACCAACCAAGCCUGCAAGCAAGUUGGAAGCACAGUUAAGGAGGAGCUGUGAGUAGAGGCUCGAGUGGGUAAGACAGAUGGGGACAUGUGUGUGCCAUUCCCCUUCCAUGUCACUAGUGGCCAACUAGCUAUAGGGCAAAGAGUGGUCCUACGUGUGGGAGAAAGGGACUCAUUAUUUACAAUGUGAUAUUACUAUACAUUUGCUAGAAACUUUGACGCAUAAGUGAUGUGGGACUAAACUUGUGUCACACCUUCCUCUGAAAAGGUUUGAAGAUUUUAAUACCUAAAAUACUUCUUAGUUAUAAUAGAAAUAUACCAUGAUGAUGUCACUUGAUAAGGGUAUUAAAGCACUUAUUUCAAUCUCUCUCAUACAAGUAGACAAUUGGCAAGGGUUUGAAUCCUCUAAGAGCCAAAACUUAUAUUUUAUCUACUUAUCGUGACUUUCCUACAAAUCACUAGUGAAGGAUUAAACAGCAAGAAUUUUUGGAUCAUCGGCAAAAAUCUCAUCAAUGUGAUUCGUGGAGCAUUUUUACUAAAAUUGUUAAACGGUUCAUGAUAAGUUUUCAUUAUCAUGAGUUAAUAAUUAGUAAAUAAUAUAGUUUUAGCCUUAACUCAUAAUAAAUAGACAUAUAUUUGUGUUAAAGUGUGAAAAGUGGUUUUCAAUUGAUUAACAUGAAUUUUUGUGUAAUUAUGUGAUUUUAUAUGAUUUUAUAUAAUUUUUAUAGUCUUACUUUUGAGAUAAAUGAAGGAAAAGAAAUUAAAAUAAAAAUAGCAAAAUGGGGGGGACCCACUGGCCAGCGCGGCCCACAAGCGGGUCGGAAGCAAGUUGGGUAGGAGCCAUGAGCAGGGGCUCGAGCAGCUUGAACUGAUGGGGGCAUGUGUGCACCACUCCCCUUCCAUGUCACUAGUGGCCAACUGGCUGUGGGGCAAGGAGUCGUUGUACACGUGCGAGAAAGGGACUUGAUUGAAAAUUUAAUAUUACUAUAUAUUUGUCAAAAACUUCAGUGCACAAUUGAUGUGGGACUAAACCCGUGUCACCUUCCCUAGAUAGGGCAGGGUAACCGAUGUGGGUUCAAAUCCUCUUAGAGCCAAAACUCAUAUUUUUUUCAUCUGAUUAUCACGACUUUCCUGCAGAUCACCGGUGAAGGAUUAACCAACCAAAAUUGCUCGAUCAUCAAUGAAAAUCUCAUCAACAUAAUUCAUGAAGCAUUGUAACUAAAAUUGUUGAACAAUUCGUGAUAAAAGGAUCGCAAAUCCAUCGAGUAAAGUAGCUCUAAUUGGUCAACAAACAAGCUGUCGUCAGAAAGAGGACAAUCUGGCGAGAGACAAGUCGCCACCUCCUAAGAGCAUACCAGAUGCGAUGAAGAGCCUCCUCUUGUUGCAUAAACCUGAGGAUGAAGCUCCCUGACACGCGCCCCACUUUCAUCCAGCUCCUCUCCGUCAAGUGACAACCGUUAGAGAGCUGCAAAGUCGCCAUUUUUCUGCUCUGCCGGGUGACAACUGUCGAAGAUGAUUUGAUGACUCAUUUCAUUGAUCUUUAGACUUUGCAAGGAGAUCUAAUGAUUGCCCACGUCGUCUUUGUCCAAAGAGAGCUUUCGAGGCCAUGGAUAUUGCAUGACAAUCCUCUCGAAUGCUCAAGAUUCCAGUGUAUCACCAAUGCAUCGCCAUAGCGAUGCCAGAACUCUAUUUUCCUACUUUAAACUUAAUUUUCAUUUCAUUUAGUGAUAAUUUGUUGAUUUUAAAUUUACCAAGAUAAACUUCAUUUUAUUAUGAUUCUUCUGGCUUUUAUAGAUUUUAAUUUGAUCAAUUAAAUCAUCUAUAAUCGCUUAUGUAAGAAUCAUCGUGUAGAACUCUAUUUUUACUUGAUUCAUGUUCGCCAGGCACUGACAUCAUCUUGAUGUCUGCACCUUUAAUUUCCUUUUUUGUGAAUUUUAAAUAUAUUUAAUUUUCAUUUCCUAGUAUAAAAUUCAUAGAAAAUAGUAUUCUUUGAGGAAAAUUCUGAAUAAUUACCAGAUAUUAUAUUAUAUCCCUGUGAUCAACUUGGAAAAUUAUAGCUAUUUUUGGAUGUUUUAUUGAGUCAUAAUUGAUAUAUUUGCUCAGAAAUACUUUUAAAUACUUAAAAAUUCAUAUUUUCUACUUUUAUAAAUUUUAAAUUUUUGUGAUUUACUAUACAACGACUAAGUCAUGUCAAUUCAUGAUAAAAGGAUCAUAAAUUUAUCAAGUAAAUGAUCUCUGAUUGAUCGACAAAUAAGUCAUUGUUGAAAAAAGACGAUAUGUCAGGAGACAAGUCGCACCUACUAAGAGCAUACUAGAUGCGAUGAAGAGCCUCCUCUUACUAUGUAGACCUUAGGUUGAAGCUCCCUCACAUGCACCCCACCUCCAUUUAGCACCUCUCUAUUAGGUGACAGCUACAAGAAAACCUCAAAAUUAUUGUUUUUCUACUCCAUUAGGUGACAGCUUUUGGAGAGGAUUUGACGACUCAUUUCAUUGAUCUCUAGACUUUGUAAAGAGAUCUAGAAAUUACCCACAUCGUCCUUGUCUAAGGAGAGCCUUCAAAGUUGUGGACACACAAUAAUCCUCCCAAACGCUCAAGAUUCUAGUACAUUGCUAAUGCAUCACCAUCGCAACAUCGAAACUCUAUUUUCUUACUUUCAACUUAAUUUCAGCUUCAUUUAGUAAUAAUUUAUGUGAUUUAAAUUUAUCAAGCUAUACUUCAUUCAAUUAUGAUUCUUUCGGCUUUUACAGGUCUUAAUUGAAUUAAUUAAAUCAUUUAUAAUCACUUACAAAAGAAUCGUCGAGCAGAAAACUAUUUUGCCUAAUUCAUAUUCAUCGGGCACUAGCAUCAUUGAUGUGACAUAGUCGUGGUAUAUUAAAUCAUACAAAUCUAGAAUUUAUAAAAAUAGAAAAUACAAAUUUUCAGAUAUUUAGAAGUAUUUUCAAACAAAUAUAUCAAUUAUAAUUCAAUAAACUUCUAAAAAUAGUAGUAAUUUUCCAAGUCAAUCACAAGGAUGUAAUAUAAUAUCUGGUAAUUAUUUAGAAUUUUCCUCAAAGAAUACUAUUUUCUAUGAAUUUUAUACUAGGAAAUGAAAAGGAAAUAUAUUUAAAAUUCACGAAGAAAAGGAAAUAAGGGUGUAGACGUUAAAAUGAUGUCAGCGCCCAACAAAUGUGAAUUAGGUAGAAAUAGAGUUCUACUCAGUGAUUCUUACGUAAGCGACUAUAGAUGAUUUAAUUGAUUAAAUUAAGAUUUAUAAAAGUCAGAAGAAUCAUAAUGAAAUGAAGUAUAUCUUGGUAAAUUUUAAAAUCUAAAACAUUAUCACUAAAUGAAAUGAAAAUUAAGUUGAAAGUAGGAAAAUGAAGUUCCAGCGUCGUGGUAGUGAUGCGUCGAUGAUGCACCGAAAUCUUGUGUUUGAGAGGAUCAUCGUGUAGUAUUUAUGACCUCAAAGGCUCUCCUUGGACAAGGACGAUGUGGGUAAUCUCUAGAUCUCCUUGUGAAGUCUAAAGAUCAAUGAAAUCAGUCCUUGAAUCAUCUCUAGCAGCUGUCACCUGGUGGAGCGAAAAAAUGGCAACUUUGCGGCUCUCCGGCGAUUGUCACCUGAUGGAGAGGAGCUCAAUGGAGAUGGGGCAUGUGUCAAGGAGCUUCAUCCUCAGGUCUGCGCAGCAAGAGGAGACUCUUCAUCACAUCCGGUAUGUUCUUAAGAAGUGGUAACUCAUCUCCCAGUGGAUCAUCCACUUUCCAACGACAGCUUGUUCAUCGAUCAAUUGGAGAUGCUUUACUCGAUGGAUUUGUGAUCCUUUUAUCACGAAUCAUUCAGUAAUUUUAGUAACAAUGCUUCGCAAAUCACGUUGACGAGAUUUUCGCCGAUGAUCAAGUGAUUUUGGUUGCUUAAUCCUUCACUAGCGAUUUGCAAGAAAGUUGCGAUAAUUAGUUAAAAAAAUAUGAGUCUUGGCUCUGAGAGGAUUCGAAUCCACAUUGGUUGCGUGCCCUUUUUGGGGAUGGUGUGAUGUGGGUUUAGUCCCACAUCACUUGUGCAAUAAAUUUUUGGGUGAAUAUAUAGUAAUGUUACAUAUGAAAGCAAGUCCCGUUCUCACGCAUGUACAACCAUUCCUUGCCCCAUAGUUGGCUGGCCACCAAGAAGGGGAGUGGCGCACAUGUGACCCUAUUGGUCCAAUCCGCUCAAGCCCUUACUCACGAUUGCAUUUUUGACUAGACUUUUGACCCGCUUGCAAGCUCGGCUGGCUAGUAGUUCCCCCCAACUUUAUCUUAUUUUUAUUUUUAUUUCUUUUUCUUCAUUUAUCUCAAAAGUAAGAUUGUAAAAAUCAUAUAAAUUCAUAUAAAAUCAUAUAAUUAUCCAAAAAAUCACAUUAAUCAACUAAAAACCACUUUUCACACUUUAACAUAAAUAUAAGUCAAUUUAUUAUGAGUUAAGGCUAAAACUAUAUUAUUUACUAAUUAUUAACUCAUGAUAAUGAAGACUUAUCAAUCACUUACGAAAGAUACUCAUGAUAAUGAUAAUAUAAGUCUAUUUUACUAAUUAUUUAAAAUCACUUACGAAAGAAUCAUCAAGCGGAACCCUUUUACCUGAGCCCUUGUAAUAUAAAAUUCAUAAAAAAUUCAUAAACCCUUGUACCUAAUCAAUGAAAUUCAUAAAAAAUUCAUAAACCCUUGUACCUUAUCAUCGAGCAAAAGAAUCAUUUUGUAAUAUAAAAUUCAUAAAAAAUUGAUGCAAGAUGGGGUGAGAACCCUUGUACCUGAUCAAUGAAACUCAAGACUCGAGAUAGGGCAGUCAAACUGAUCCGAUAAGAAUGUAUGGACCCUAGACUCUAGGUCUGACCACCUAACCUAAGUACAGGUAGGCAUACUAAUAUGCACUAUCAACCCAAGACAAUCGAGGGAAACACUCGAUGAUGGUAAGUGUGAGACCCUCUCAGUCCACAUUUAGACAAAUGGCAGAACAAUUGUCGUGAAAUAGCUUAGGGCUGCAGCUCACGAAUAAUGAUGAGUUUGACGUAGCAUCAGAAGUCAUGAUCUUAUAACUCAUCCUAUCCUAUCUACAUUCUCCAGAUGGCGGUGAAAAUGAAUGGAGAAAACCCUUCGAAAGGUAAUUAAACUUAAGUAAGAAGGGGUACAAAGCUAAGCUUUAGGGAUGCGUAGCUUGGCGGGUCGUGACGGAGUGAAGACAUAAGCAAAGACGUCUAGUGAAGAGCGAUGCUUAGUGUCAAUGGUCGGUCUUGGUCGAGAGUCACAAUAGUUGUCAUCGUAAGACGUGGCAGUCGGUGUAGGCAUGGGCCUGUUGGUGGGCCAAAGGGCACACUAGCGGGCGGACACAGCAUGCCGCAUGGCGUGCCUCGGGGCACAUGGGCGGCGGUGCCAAGUGGGUGCACGGGCUGCAAGAGCCAGUGCAUGGGGCACGUGCAGCGGCGGCACUUUGGCGGGAAUGUUGAGCUUUGGUAGUUGGGCGGAAGCCCAACUGUCGCCAGAAGGAUCAGCCUUCUCUAGCAGUGCCAGGAAGUAGAGCAGAGGAAGGAGACAAUCCCCACCAACGAUACAAGGGAGGGUUGAGCCCUCUUGGUCUAGGCGGCGUUAGAAAUGGCACGACGGUAGUAGAUCAUUGGGAAACUCUGACGGGGGCCUGUGAGGAGCUUGGACUGGAUCUGGCUUGUCGGCAUGGCUGCAAGGUCUCUCUUGAUGUCGGCAGCAGGUAGGCAUUCGUCGGCAAAUGGCUAGCGAUUGGGUAGAGCGGCAGAUGGCGGCUCCAACGAGUUUAUGGUGAAGUUCCAAAGGAAGAGGGGGCAGUCAAACUAGGAGUCAAGAGACUCCGACAGAGUGCUCGACGACAGCUUGUAGGGAGGCAAAGCAAGCCCCUUUCGUCACAAUGGCAUGACGGGGUUCUAGCAGAGGCGGCGGCAAUUGCAGCGGCUACCACAACCCUUUCAUCCGGUGAUGGCGGCAAUCUCAUAGAUGGCAAUGAAGAUGUCCGGCGGCAGCAGUUGGUCUCAGGUGGCGGUGAGACUUCUCAAGCAGUAGUGUCACGAAGAAAGAAGUCCUCAAAGGGUAUCAAUGACCUUCCUCUCCCUCCCCUCCCUAUCCUAGGUCAUGAAGAAGGUAACUCACAAAUGAUAAUCUCUCAGAAAAUUUGGCAUUUCUUGUUGAGGGGGGGUCCUACCUCCCCUUAUAUAGGGCCAACAAGUGGGCUAAGAGGAGGUGAGCCCACUUGAGGCCCUCAAGCCCAUAAGCCACAAAAAGGCUACAAAAAUUAAUUUUGAUGGAUCCUGAUGGAAGUAUAAGUCAAACUGAGAAUAAUCUAAUGGCCAUGAAAAAUUAUUAUGUUCCUAAUUCAUUUCAAAGAGCAUCCAAUAUUAGAGUCCCAUUAGCACCCACUUUUAAAUUCAAAAUAAAUUUAGAAUUUUUUUAAAUACUCCCUAAUUUUCAUGAACUACCUUUAGAGAAACCUUAUUAGCAUUUAGAAAAAUUUCAUAUACUCUAUGAUUUAGUUAAUCUCCCUCAAGUUACAUCGAAAAUUAUUACAAUGAAAUUAUUUCCUUGUAUACUUAAGGACAAAGUUAGUUAUUGAUUAUCCACAUUAGAUAGUAAAUUAAUUAGUUGGAAAGACAUAGAGCAAGCCUUUCUUCAAAAAAUUUAUCUCUUAAGAAAAACUCAAAAUAUGAGAAAACAUAUAUGGAGUUUUUCUCAAAGAUCAAGAGAAACUUUGCAUGAGACAUGAGAAAAAUUCAAAGAUUUACUUAGAAAGUGUCCUCAAGUGGCAGCUCAAUAGAAUUUUGUAUGAUGGAUUAUUAGAACAACAUAGAAAUAUGAUUGAUUCUAUAUGUGGAGGAACUUUUAUGGAGAAAACCCUUGAUGAGAUUUACAAUCUUUAUGAGAAUUUAAGUAAAAAUUAUAGAGAUCAAGCCUCUUUUAAAUUAUAUGAUAGAGAUAAUAAGAAAAGAAUUUAUGAAUUGCAUCAUCAAAAUGAUUCUAAUUUAUAAAAUGAGGUUAAUCAAAUUAAUCAAAUAUUAAAAAAACUUGAUUUACUUAUUGACAAUAUUAGAAAGCCUCUUAACCCUUAUUUUAAUUCAAAUAGUACCUAUUAUAUGUAUGAUGAAAAUAAUUAUUCUGAAUUUUAAUACUAUAAUUUAGAUCAAUUAUUUCACCUUACAAGAACAAGUACAAGUAGCUCACAGUUUUAAUAGAAAUAGUGAGCCUUUUUUAAAUUCUUAUAAUCUUAAUUGGAGGAAUAAUUUUUCAUAGAGAGACCCAAAUAAUAUUCAAAAUUCAGAAGCACUUAGACUAAAUUCAAACUCUGAAUUUUGUCCAAAAUAGGAACAUAGAUUUCAGAAAAAUCAACCCUCUCAAAUCCAACAUGAUACUAUAAAAAUGAUACAGCAAAUAAGUCAAAUGAUGUAACAAAUUAUGAAUCAAAUGAUGUUGCAGUAGAAAUAAAUUAUAGAGCCUCUUGAGAAUAAGAGAGAAGAGGGAUGACGUGACUUAGUCAUUGUAUAUUAAAUCACAUAAAUAUAAAAUUUAUAAAACUAGAAAAUACGAAUUUUCACAUAUUUAGAAGUAUUUCUAAAUAAAUAUAUCAAUUAUAAUUUAAUAAAAAUUCCAAAAAUAGCAGUAAUUUUCCAGGUCGAUCACAGGGAUGUAAUAUAAUAUCUGGUAAUUAUUCAAAAUUUUUCUCAAUGAAUAUGGUUUUCUUUCAAAUUUACACUAAGAAAUAAAAAGAAAAUAUAUUUAAAAUUCACGAAAAAAAAGGAAAUAAGGGUGCGGCGUUAGGAUGACGUCAACGCUCGGCAAAUGUGAAUCAGGCGGAAACAGAGUUCCGCCCAGUGAUUCUUACGUAAGUGAUUACAGACGACUUAAUUAAUCAAAUUAAGAUUUGUAAAAGCCGAAAGAAUCAUAAUUGAACGAAGUAUAGUUUGGUAAAUUAAAAUCACACAAAGUAUCACUAAAUGAAGCGUAAAUUAAAUUGAAAGCAGGAAAACAGAGUUCCGACAUCACGACGACAGAUCGUCAGUGAUGCACCGGAAUCCUGAGCGUUCGAGAGGAUCGUCGUGUAGUGUCCACAGCCUCGAAGGCUCUCCUUGGACAAAGACUACGUGGGCAAUCUCUAGAUCUUCUCGCGAACUCUAGAGAUCAAUGAAGUGGGUCGUCAAAUCAUCUCCGGCGAUUGUCACCCAGCGGAGUGGAAAAAUAGCGACAUUACGGCUCUCCGGCAGUUGUCACCUAAUAGAGAGGAGCUGGAUAGAGGUGGGGCGCGUGUCACCGAGCUUCAUCCUCAGGUCCGCGCAGCAAGAGGAGGCUCUUCAUCGCAUCUGGUACGCUCUCAGGAGGUGGCGACUAGUCUCCCAGCAGAUCGUCCUCUUUCCGACGACAGCUUGUUCGUCAAUCAAUUGGAGAUGAUUUACUCAAUGGAUUUGUGAUCCUUUUAUCGUGAAUCAUUCAGCAAUUUUAGUAGCAAUGCUCAACAAAUCGCAUUGACGAGAUUUUCGCCGAUGAUCCAGUGAUUCUUGUUGCUUAAUCCUUCACCAGCGAUCUACAAGAAAGUCACGAUAAUCAGAUAAAAAUAUAUGAAUUUUGACUCUGAAAGGAUUCAAACCCACGCCAGUCGCCCGCCUGUGAGGAAGGUGUGACGCAGGUUUAGUCCCACAUCGGUUGUGUGCCGAUUUUUCGAGCGAAUAUAUAGUAAUGUUAACUUUGUAAACAAAGUCCCUUCUCUCGCAUGUAAGACCACUCCUUGCCCCACAGCCGGCUGGCCACCAGUGACGUGGAAGGGGAGUAGCGUACACGUGCCCCCAUUGGUCCAAGCUAAGCCGCUCGAGCCCCUGCUCGCAGCUACUCCCCGACUGUGCUUCCAACCGGCUUGCGAGCCCAGCUGGCCGGCAAGUCCCCCCAUUUUGCAAUAUUUUUUAUUUUUAUUUCUUGUUCUUCAUUUAUCUCAAAGGUAAGACUGUAAAAAUCAUAUAAAAUCACAUAAUUACCCAAAAAUUCACGUUAAUCGAUUGAAAACUAAAAAUCAUUCUUUAACACAAAUAUAAGUCUAUUUAUCAUGAGUUAAGGCUAAAACUAUAUUAUUUAUUAAUUAUUAACUCAUGAUAAUGAAGACUUAUCAAGGGACAACUACCUAGUCAGCCCAUAGAAAAUCCAAGGAACCGCCUAACAAUAAGAUUUCAGCAAAGGGAGUUUAGUAACAUGAAUCUAGGAAAAAACUCACAAAAUAAAAAUGUUAAGACAAUAAAUAUAUUAAGGAGUGGGAAGAUUUUACCUGAUCCUUAUCCCCAAACAUUAGAAGAAAAGGAAAACAUGGACAGCCCAAAACAAAAUCAAAUAGGCGUAGAAGAAAAUUUAAUAGAUUUUACCAAGGAAAUUUCAAAAGAGAGGACAACCAUUCUAUUUCCUAAAGCUCUAGAGCCUAGGCAAAGAAAGAAAAAGGAACACAAUGAAGAAAUAAAAAAAAAAUUACAAGAUGUGCAAAUUAGCCUUCCUUUAGUCACUAUCAUUAAACCUAUUUUUGAAUAUGCUAAAGUUUUGAAAGAAAUGUGUACAUAAAAAAGGGCACCUAGAGUAGAAAAAUUAUCUAUGCAUAUUAGUGCUUUAUUAUUAAAUCAAUUACCAUAUAAAUUGAGAGAUACUAGUGCCCUUUUAAUUUCAUGUGAUAUUGGUGAAUUUAUUUUUCAGAAUACAUUACUUGACGCUAGUGCUAGUAUUAAUUUAUUACCUAUAAGUAUUUGUGAUAAAUUUAAUAUUGUUGAUCUUAAACCUUCUACUAUUACCUUAAAAUUUGCUGAUAGAUCUAUAAACAUCCUAAAGGUAUUUUAGAAAAUAUGAUAGUGACAAUUAAAGGGUGUAAAUUUCCAACUGAUUUUGUAGUGUUGAAAAUGGAUUUUACUAGAUAGUUUUAUGAUACACCAAUCAUCCUAGGGAGACUUUUUUUGCAUAUAGCAAAGAUGAAUACUGAUUUUUCCACAAGUAUUGCAAAAAAUUCAUGUGAAGAUCAAUUAGUAGAAAUUAAAAUUUUUGAGAUAUCAAAUGAUCUUAAGAAAUCCCUAGUAUAUGAUUGUCAUACCAUAGAUCUUCUAAAUGAUUUUGAGGAUCUAGAUGUUCUUCAUGAUUGUGUGUUGGAAGAAUAAGAAGAAAUAGAGAAUAUAAAUUUAAGAGAAAAGAAAGAGGAAGAUCAUCUGAAUUCAGAGUUGAAACCUGAUAAGUCUUCAUUAUCAUGAGUUAAUAAUAGUAAAUAAUAUAGUUUCAGCCUUAAAUCAUAAUAAAUAGAUUUAUAUUUCUGUUAAAGUGUGAAAAGUGGUUUUUAGUUGAGUAAUGUGAAUUUUUGGGUAAUUAUGUGGUUUUAUACGAAUUUAUAUGAUUCUUAUAAUCUUACUUUUGAGAUAAAUGAAGAAAAAUAAAUAAAAAUAAAAAUAAAAUAAAAUGGGGGGGACCCGCUGGCCAGCUGGGCCUACAAGUGGGUCGGAAGUGCAGUCGAGGAGUAGCCACGAGCAGGGGCUCGAGCGGCUUGUACUGAUGGGGCAUGUGUGCACCACUUCCCUUCCACAUCACUAGUGGCUAGCUAGCUAUGGGGGAAGGAGUGGUCGUACAAGCACGAGAAAAAGAAUUGAUCAGAAAUUUAAUAUUACUGUGUAUUCGCCAAAAACUUUGGUGCACAACCAAUGUGAGACUAAACUCGUGUCACACCUUUCUCAGAAAUGGGUGGGCAACCGGUGCGGGUUUGAAUCCUCCUAGAACGAAAACUCAUAUUUUUUAUCUAAUUAUUGUGACUGUCCUAGAGAUUGCCAAUGAAAGAUUAAGCAACCAGAAUUUCUGGAUCAUUGGCAAAAAUCUCAUCAAUGUGAUUUGUGGAGCAUUGUUACUAAAAUUGUUGAACGAUUUAUGAUAAAAGGAUCGCGAAUCUAUUGAGUAAAACAUCUCUGAUUGAUCAACAAACAAGCUGUUGUUGAGAAGAGGAUGAUCUAUUGGGAGAUGAGUCACCCCCUCUUGAGAGCGUAACAUAUGCGAUGAAGAGCCUCCCCUUGCUGCACAGACCUAAGGAUGAAGUUUCCUGACACGUGCCCCACCUCCACCCAGCUCCUCUUUGUCAGGUACUAGUCGUUCGAGAGCCACAAAGUUGUCAUUUUUCCGCUCCGUCGAGUGGCUAAUAAGUCUUCAUUAUCAUGAGUUAAUAAUUAGUAAAUAAUAUAGUUUUAGUCUUAACUCAUGAUUAAUAGACUUAUAUUUGUGUUAAAGUGUGAAAAUUGGUUUUGAAUUGAUUAACGUGAAUUUUUGGGUAAUUAUGUGAUUUUAUAUGAUUUUUUCGGUCUUACUUUUGAGAUAAAUGAAGGAAAAGAAAUUAAAAUAAAAAUAUAGCAAAAUGGGGAGACCCACUGGCCAGUUGGGCUCGCAAGUGGGUCGGAAGCACAAUCAGGAGUAGCCGCGAGCAAGGGCUUGAGUGGCUUGAACCGAUGGGGGCACAUGUGCACCACUCCCCUUCCAUGUCACUGGUGGCCAGCCGACUGUGGAGCAAGGAGUGGUCGUACACACGUGAGAAAGGGACUUUGCUAAGAAAUGUUAUAUUACUAUUUAUUCACCCAAACAUUCAGCGCACAACCGAUGUGGGACUAAACCCGUCACCUUCCUGAAAAGAGGCGGGGCAACUAGCAUAGGUUUGAAUCCUCCUAGAGCCAAAACUCAUAUUUUUACCUGAUUAUCACAACUUUUCUACAGAUCACUAGUGAAGGAUUAAGCAACUAGAAUUACUGGAUCAUCAGCAAAAAUCUUGUCAACGCAAUUUGCGGAGCAUUGUUACUAAAAUUGCUGAAGGAUUCAUGAUAAAAGGAUCGUGAAUUCAUCAAGUAAAUCAUCUCCGAUUGAUCGACGAACAAGCCAUCAUCAGGAAGAGGACGAUCCACUAGGAGACGAGUCGCCACCUCUUGAGAGCAUAUCAAAUGUGAUUGAUGAAGAGCCUCCUCUUGCUGCGCGGACCUGAGGAUGAAGCUCCCUAACAUGCGCCCCACCUCCAUCCAGCUCCUCUCCAUCGGGUGACAGCCACCAGAGAGCCGCAAAGUCGCCAUUUUUUUGCUCUGCCGGGUGACAGCCACUGGAGAUGACUCGACGACCCAUUUCAUUGAUCUCUAGACUUUACGAGAAGAUCUAGAGAUUGCCCACGUCGUCUUUGUCCAAGGAGAGCCUUCGAGGCCAUGGAGACUGCACGACGAUCCUCCCAAAUGCUUAGGAUUCUGGUGCAUUGCCUACGCAUCGCCAUUGCAAUGCUAGAACUCUGUUUUCUUGCUUUUAACUUAUUUUACGCUUCAUUUAGUGAUAGUUUUUGUGACUUUAAUUUACCAAAAUAUACUUUGUUCUAUUACGAUUCUUCCGGCUUUUAUAAAUCUUAAUUUGAUCAAUUAAAUCGUUUGUAAUCGCUUACAUAAGAAUUACUGGAUGGAACUCUGUUUCUGCCUAAUUCACGUUCGUCGAGUGCUGAUGUCAUCUUGACCUCCGCACCCUUAUUUCCCUUUUUUGUGAAUUUUAAUAUUUUUCUUUUUCAUUUCCUAGUAUAAAAUUUAUAAAAAAUUGUAUUCAUUGACGAAAUUCUAAAUAAUUAUUAGAUAUUAUAUUACAUCCUUAUGAUCGAUCUAGAAAAUUACCACUAUUUUUGGAAUUUUUAUUGAAUUAUAAUUAAUAUAUUUAUUUAGAAAUACUUCUAAAUAUCUGAAAAUUUAUAUUUUCUAGUUUUAUAAAUUUUAGAUUUGCGUGAUUUAAUAUACAAUGACUAAGUCAUGUCAACAGCUACUAAAGACGAUUCGACGACUCAUUUCAUUGAUCACUAGACUUUGCAAGGAGACCUAAAGAUUACUCAUGUCAUCCUUGUCCAAGGAGAGUCUUUGAGGCUGUGGACACUACACGACGAUCCUUCCGAAUGCUCAAGAUUCUUGUGCAUCACCGAUGCAUCGCUGCCGCGACAUCGGAACUCUAUUUUUCUACUUUUAACUUACUUUCUGUUUCAUUUAAUGAUAAUUUAUGUAAUUAAAAUUUAUUAAGAUAUACUUCAUUCAGUUACAAUUCUUCCGAAUUUUAUAUAUCUUAAUUUGAUCAAUUAAAUCGUCUGUAAUCACUUAUGUAAGAAUCUUCGGGUGGAACUCUAUUUCUACUUAAUUCUCAUUCGCUAAGCGGUGAUGUCAUCUUGACAUCUGCACCCUUAUUUCCCUUUUUUGUGAAUUUUAAAUAUAUUUCCUUUUUAUUUUCUAGAGUAAAAUUUAUAUAAAAUAGUAUUAUUUGUAGAAAAUUCUGAAUAAUUACCCAAUAUUAUAUUACAUCCCUAUGAUUGACCUAAAAAAUUAUCGCUAUUUUUGAAAGUUUUAUUAAAUUAUAAUUGAUAUAUUUGUUCAGAAAUACUUCUAAAUAUUUGAAAAGUUGUAUUUUCUAAUUUUAUAAAUUUUAAAUUUGUGUGAUUUACUAUACAAUGACUAAGUCACAUCAAACCUCUUCCCUCUAGUUUAAAAUAUAUGUUUUUGAAGGAAAAUAAUUUAUUUCCUAUUAUUAUUGUAGUUGAUUUGAGUAAUGAACAAGAAGAAGAAUUAUUAGAUGUAUUUCGAAAAAUUAAGAAAGUUAUUGGCUGGAAAAUGGAUGAUCGUAGGGGCAUUGAUAUGAGUGCAUGCAUGCAUUGUAUAUAUCUAGAGGAGGGGGCUAGAACUAUUAGGGAACCACAAUGA